GUGUGUGUGUGUGUGUAUGUGUGUGUGUGAGGUUGGGAAGUAGAAAACACGGAGGUGGAGUCUGGUCUGAAGGCAGAGGAAGGCUGGAGGAGAGCAGUGAAACGGCACAACAGGAACGGGGUAGGACGGCGGAGAAAUCACGUCCCUACGGUUUGAAUUCGCACCAUUAAAGUGGCCCGGUCAAGGGGGAUAAGACAAGAUGAUAACGCCCUACUUCCUGGAGAGUUUCUGGGGCGAAAAAAACAAUGGAUUUGACGUGCUCUACCACAACAUGAAACAUGGCCAAAUAUCAUCCAAGGAGCUGACAGACUUCAUCAGGGAGAGGAGUGCGAUCGAGGAGGCGUAUGCGCGGUCGGUCACCAAACUCGCCAAGUCUGCAGGCAACUUCUCUCCACUUGGGACGUUCGCCCCGGUGUGGGACGUGUUCCGGAGCUCCACGGAGAAGCUGGCCGCCUGCCACCUGGAGCUGGUGAGGAAGCUGCAGGAGCUCAUCAAGGAGGUGCAGAAGUACGUGGACGACCAGGCCAAGGCCCACAAGAAGACCAAGGAGGAGGUGGCGUCCACGCUGGAGGCGGUCCAGAACAUCCAAACCACCUCCCAGGCGCUCACCAAGUCCAAGGAGGCGUACAACGCCAAGACGGUGGAGCAGGAGCGGCUCCGCAAGGAGGGCGCCACGCAGAGGGAGGUGGACAAGGCCGGGGUGAAGGCCAAGAAAGCCACCGAGACGUACAAGUCCUACGUGGAGAAGUACGCCACGGCCAAGUCGGAAUUCGAACAGAAGAUGGCGGAAACGGCCCAGAAAUUCCAGGACAUCGAGGAGAGCCACGUCCUGCACAUGAAGGAGAUCAUCCAAUCGUACUCCCAGUCCGUCGAAGAGACACACGUCCAGAUAGGAGAGGUCCACACCGAGUUUGUGGGGAACAUGGAGAACACGUCGCUGGAGGGCCUGGUCCAGAAGCUGGCCGAGAGCAAGGGCACCGGCAAGGAGCGGCCAGGUUCCAUUGAGUUUGAGGAAUGCAACGCAGCCGUCGCCACUGAAGGUGCCAAACCCAGGAAGAGGAAAACGUUUGCCAUUCCAGGCCGGCGGAAAGACAAGGACACAGAUUCCACGGAAUCCACGGAAGUCGAAGCUGCAAAUACUGCGAACGGAGCCCCCCCUGGCUACUAUGGAGCCAUCGACAUCCAAAAUGCUAACGUUCCCCAGGUGGAUGCGGAGGGAUUCUGCAUCAGACCAGAAGCCAAUGAAAAUGAUGCCAAAGAGAACUCGUUCUACUCGUCGAGCGACUCUGACGACGAGGACGAGCCCAGGAAGUUCCGCGUGGAGAUCAAACCGGUGCAGGCCGCCGCCGGACCGCAGGGCGCCGCCAUCGACGAGCUCAAGGCCUCCAUCGGGAGCAUCGUCCUAUCGCCCUCCGCCCUGGGUCAGAUGCGGAGGAACCAAUCCAGGGUCUCGAGAAUGUCUUCGUUAAGCUCUAAGCCUCAGGUCCCCGGCGAUGAGCUGUCGAAAAACAGAACAGCAGCGUCCUUUAACGACAAACUGACCAACAAUGACCUGCUGUCCCUGGACCCCUUCAGCCCCACCCUGGCCGGCUCCUCUUCCUCGGUGUCUUCAUCAGCAGUGGCGCUCCGGCCCUCUCCCCCUCCUCCCACUGAGAGCCGGCCCCUGGAGCCUUGCUCCUCAUCCUUCUCCUCGUCCCCCACCUCCUCGCUGGGCUCCCCGGAGAUCCCCAUCGGAGCCGGGGCCAGGCCCCUGGCGGCCCGGGCCCGCAGCGCCCCCAUCACCUCCCACACCCCCGGGGACCUGCUCCCGCCGCUCCUCCCCCUCCUGCUCGACCCCGACACCGACCCCGACCCGGCCGCCGGGCCCCCGCCGCCCCGCACCGCCGGCGCCGGCGGCGACGCCCUCUCGGCGCUGUCCUGGUCCCAGAGCCGGUGGAUGGCCUUCAGCGACGGACAGCCCCAGUGGAGUGGCGGCGGCGGCGGCGGCGGGGGGCGGGCCAAGCGCUUCCUGUCCGACAGCGCGGCCGACGGAUCGUACGACUGCAAGAUGGCCGCCGGCGGCGCCGUCAAACCCCCGGUCCGGGACGUGUCGCCGUCCGCGCCUGUGACCAAUAACAGCCAGGCGUCUGUGGGCGUGGCGCCGGUCGGCCCGCUGAGCGCCGGGCCGGCCCUCGCCAGACCCACCACCCCGCUGACGGCUGGGGCCCUGGUGCCCCCCCCCAGACCCUCGUCCAGACCCAAGCUGCCCACCGGGAAACUCAGCGGGAUCAAUGAGAUCGUCCGACCCUUCAGCCCCCCCAAGACGGCCGGGGCCAGCCCGCCCUCCCCGGCCCCCCUGGCCCGGGCAGAGAGCUCCUCCUCGCUGUCCUCCAACGCCUCCAUGAGCGCCAGCAACACGCCCACCGUCGGACCUGAGCCUCUCUAUCCCCUGGCCCUCUCUUCUUUGGAGCCAGAGCAGCUCCUCCCUCCCCUCCCCGCCUUCCAGAAGGAUGAUGAUUUCAUAGCCAAGCUGCCCACCUAUGAGAAGCGCUCUGAGACGCCUGCAGGAACGUCCCGCGGCCCCAGUCCCAUUACGCUGGCGUCCCACGAUGCAUUGCCCAUCGCCGUUGCGUUCACAGAGUCCGUCAACGCCUACUUCAAAGGAGCAGACCCCAGCAAGUGCAUCGUGAAGAUCACGGGGGACAUGACGCUGUCCUUCCCUAUGGGCAUCAUCAAGGUGUUCACCUCCAACCCCUCCCCCGCCGUGCUCACCUUCAGGCUGAAGAACACCAGCCGUCUGGAACAGGUGCUGCCCAACCAGCAGCUGCUGCACAGCGACGCCUCUCAGAGUGACUCCAACUCCAAGGACUUCUGGUUCAACAUGCCGGCGCUGAUGUCCUACCUUAGGAAGGCCGCCGAGCAGAACCCCACCGCCUCGUACUACAACGUGGACAUCUUGAAAUACCAGGUGCACUCCAGCGGCAUCCAGUCCACGCCGCUCAACCUGGCGGUGUACUGGAAGUGCGCGGCCGGCACCACGGACCUCUGCCUGGACUACCGCUUCAACCCGGAGCCCAUGUCCGGCCCGGGCUCCCUGGCCAACGUCCAGAUCCUGGUGCCCGUGGACGGGGGCGUGACCAGCAUGCAGGCGCUGCCCAACGGCAUCUGGAAUGCAGAGCAGAAAAAGUUCCUGUGGAAGCUGAGCGACAUCUCGGACAAGAGCGACAACGAAGGCGCGGGCUCUCUCAGGGCUAAGUUCGAGCUGUCCAGCGGGCCGUCCACGCCGGCCACCCUGGCGGUGCAGUUCAUGAACGAGGGCAGCACCCUGUCGGGGGUGGACAUGGAGCUGCAGGGGCCUGGCUACCGGCUGUCCCUCACCAAGAAGAGGUUCGCCACGGGACGCUACAUGGCUGACUGUUGAUUGGAAGCUUCUCUAGAAUGCUGAGGGUUGCCAUGACGACCUCCCUGGACGUUCUGGAUCUGCCUCCCGCUGCAGUCGGAACACCUGAGCGCGCUCUCUUUAUCCCUCCUUUUUUUUCCUCGGAACCGAAAGUUUCACUACAGUAAAGGGGCAGCACUGAGUACUAUACACUAUUUAAUAGAAAGUGAACCAGAGUAUGAAUACUGGGACGAGCCUUCAGGAACUGUACAGGUGUCACGCUCUCUGAUCAAAUCACUUUUUUUGUACAAACAAUUUUAUGGAUUAGGUAAAAAAAUAAAACUAUAUUAUAUGAAAUCACGAAAACAAAAAAAGCAAAGAAAAAUGUGCACUAACCAAUCUUUCCGGCCAAUUUUUGAAUACCCUCUUUCCCCCCUCCCCUCUCUUUUCUAUGAGGAAUGUAUAAAACCAAUGUUUUCUGAGGAAGAGGAACACCUACUUUAUGCUUCUCUGCCCUUUCCACUGUAAAUAGUUGCACUGAAUAGUAUGUGCUGCGAGCCUCAGCCCAACCCGUGCUCAGGUUGGGUUCCUGUUCUCCCCUCCUCUCUCUACUCUCUUUAUGGUCACGUGCAAUGAAACAAUGAAGACAAAUGAUCGCUGAAACACUAUAAAUCCUCUCAGUCUCUCAGAACAUGCCAGGCCACACCCUCAGUUCGAAGUCGUGGGCAUCUAAGAUUUUAAAUUGCUUUAAUGACAAAAAAGGAACGCAAAAAAAACAAGAAACAUCCAGUGCCUACCGAUAUCUGUCCUCGUUUGUGCUUUGAUGAUUCAGCUUUAUGCAUCUUUUUUCACCGUAUCCAUGGGGAUAUCAACAGGGCUAAUCCUCAACACUGUUACUAACCGGGUCUUCGGAGGGCUAGCACAAGUUCUUAAACAUGCCCGUAUUACGUUUCGUAUAAAUGUAAGUUUCCGUGUAGUCCAGGUAGACGUAUUUUAAAUAAGUCCCUUUUAUUAUAAAACGGCAGCAAGGUAAAUGGAACAAUUAGUUUUUUGCAUGAAACAAGUGUCUUUUUCAAGUACAUUUUUUAAGCAGAUUCAAAACAGUGUCAUUGCGUGCCCGCCAAAACGUACGGAGAAGCGUUCCUGAAUCUCGCCUUCCUUCCGUCGUUUGCGUGCCAAAGCAUAGCGCAUGAGCAGAGGGCCUGUCGUCGUGGGCUAGUCGUGUUCAUUUUAUACUCCUUGAUCAGGAUGAGAAAGGGAAAACGCCUCCAGUUUAUACAACCCCCAGUCUUGUCUUCCAGUCGGCCAAUAAGACAUGUUUGCCUUCACCAAUGUUUUUGUUUAUUUUUUUAUUGAAGUCUUUUAUAAGUCCUCUUUUUUAAUUGGAAAUCGUUCGCAGGCCUCGACCCCUCCUCACCCCGCGGUCCAGGGGGGGCUGCCGGAGGCGCAGUAGCAUCGAAAAUGCCUUAUCAAAAAAUGACUGCCGCAAAGAAAUAUUCAAGGGUUGCUAGUGGGGCACAGAUAUCGUUGUGAACCGCGUUGGGAUUUCAAUUGUAAUCGAUGUGGCUGAAAACAAAACAACAAUCCGACUUCAAGGAAGAAACGCACAAACCCCCCAAAAAACACCUCUCACCUUGCCGGGUUGGCUGUUGUGAUUUUAAGGUUUUCCCCAAGUAUGCUUUUUUUUACCCUGAAAUGUGAUUUAUUUUCUUGUCGUUGCAUACAAAAUGUGGCUUUUAAUGACCCCUUGAGGCUGGGAUUGCUACGGAUCAAGGUGUCAUCUCCCCUGUUGGAAUGGACGGUGGAUUAAUUUCAAAGUGCUAUCAUUCAUAUCGCUACCUUUGUCUGAUACACUGACGAAUUAACCCGCAAAUUAUCUCUUGUGAUUCAUCUUCCUUAGAAACUAUUCACUAAUGAUUUAUUUUUGGAUGGCUAUUGAUACGCUUGAUAUCCUCAAGCAUGGUUGUACGUAUAAGGGCGCAUUGAUACAUAAUGAGAUUAAUAUUUCUUUAUUUUUCAUGCUUUUAAAUAUCAUAGUAUUAUUGUUUUCUAAAACCGAGAUCUACAUCCAGUGUGUGGAGCAUUCCGUUUGAAAUACAGUAUAUCUCAAAUCGUCUGUCCUCGUUUGAGCACAAGUACACAGGGGUGUUGUGUCAAAGUCAAAGUCUGCCGUGGAUCCGAAUGCUUUAGAAUAGACCGUCCCUUUAAGAAAAAAAGAAACACAACUUUUUCAGUUGCAGUUGAUCUUGGCAAGCUGGUUCUUGCUGUCUCUGCAGAAAUCGUAAAAACGGAUAAUCGUCGAGGCUUUCGUUUCUGUCACUUUCACACUUUUCCUUUGUUUAUAUGUUGUAGUAAAAUAAGAGUUUAAAAAGAAAAGCAAAAUUGUGUACAUGAUUCUCAUGAAAUGGACAUUUUUAAAGCUAUAUCAGCCACUCAUGUCUAUGAUUUAAUUUCAUUGUGCCUGUAUUAAAUGUGUAAUAUAUGAAUAUAUACAAAUAUAUGAAUAUGACUACUUUA